UUGGCCAGUUUUGCCUCCCAGAUUCCCAUAAAACACAUGGUCCGACCUGUUACCUAACAAGGCCAGCGCCACUCAGCUCUUCCCGCCCUCUAAUGAGAACGCUGGCCGGGGAGUAAAGUGCAGACCCCGCCCCCCAUCCCAGCCACGUUCCACGCACGGCCUGAGCCGCCGGGAGAAGUGGGGACCCUCUCACUGGGAGCUGCUGAAGAGUCGCCCCGCAGCAGCAUCGACAGGUGAAAUGAAGGUUCUCAUCUCCUCCCUCCUCCUGUUGCUGCCACUAAUGCUGAUGUCCGCAGUCUCCAGCAGCUCACACACAGCGGUCGCCAGAGGCCAGAGGGACCAACGCCAGGCUUCUGGGAGGUGGCUUCGAGAAGGAGGCCAAGAAUGUGAGUGCCAAGAUUGGUUCCUGAGAGCCCCUAGAAGAACACUCAUGACAGCGCCCAGGCUGACAAAGAAGCCAUGUCCCUGUGAUCAUUUCAAGGGCAGGAUGAAGAAAACCAGACACCGAAGGCACCACAGGAAGUCAAACACGCUCUCCAAAGCCUGCCAGCAAUUUCUCACACGAUGUGUGCUAGAAACCAUUGCUCUGCCCUUAUAGGUGCUCUGAGACCCCACCCUCCCGAUGAAACAUUCUCAGUCAACAAAGCCGUGAGUGCACCUAGGAGACACUCUUCUCCCACCUCACGUCCCCACCCCCCCCACCCCCGCUCCUGUCCCCACUCCCUAAAUCAUCCCAAAAGCAUUUUCCCUGAGAUUAUUGCCCCCUCUAGUGCCUUCUUCACUUUCACUCUUUUCCUGGGACUGCCCCUGACACAGCGUUAAGCUUACUUACCUGAAAGAAACCAAGAAUCUCUGAGUACCUAGAGCUGGUCCUCCCCGACUAUAAACACAAGCAGGAAAAUAGCAAACAAAAUCAAUAAAUAUACUUAAAUGUAAUAGAUCAAAA